CCUCAACAACUUCAACCCCAUCAUUUUGCUCAACAAAUCAUCUCUCUCUCUCUCUCUCUCUCUGUAGAAAUGGCUUUCUGGAAAACCCUAGUUCUCUUCUUGGCUCUCCUUCAUUCCUCUCAAGCUAGGGAAUUUCACGUCAUCGACGAUAAGGCUUCAUGGCAGAUUCCCUCCUCCCCCGACGCCUUCGACAAAUGGGCCCAAAACAACCGUUUCGAAAUCGGCGAUUCCAUCGUUUUCAAGUACGACGGCAAGGCAGAUUCGGUGGUGGAAGUGAGCGAAGCAGACUUCAAAACAUGCAGCGCUUCAAAUCCCAUCAAAUCCUUCAGCGAUGGAAAUACCGUAAUUGCCCUCGACAAAUCCGGCCCCCUUUUCUUCAUCAGCGCCGCCCCCGCUCACUGCCAGAAGGGCCAGAAGCUCCACAUUAGGGUUCUCUCCGCCAACCACCACCACCACCACCGCCCCGCCGCCGCUCCCGCCCCGUCGCCAAUCGCUCACCAUUCCCCCGCCCCUGCUCCCGCGCCGCACAACGCCGCCGCCGUCGCGCUGCGAGCUGGCUUUCUGGCCGCCGCUGCGAUGGCUUUAGCUUCAGCUGCUCUUGUUUAGGGCUUUCGUUAAUUUGAUGCUUAAUUAGUUGUGUGCCCUAUUUCAACAUUAGUGCUUGUAUUUCGUUUCUAGAUUAUGCAUCGCAUCUUAUCAUUUGUUGUUAAUCUAAUUUUUUCUUAAUUUCAUAUUUCUAAUUAAUGUGCAAUAUAUGCGUCAUGCGCCACAUUAUUUUGUUAUUAAUUCAGUUCUUAAGAGGACGAAUUAU